AUGAACCAUAUCCCAUUGCGACCACCGAAGGUGUCCCACGCGCCGAGAGAUAUGAAUGUUAAGAGCAGCAAGAAUGCCGAUGACUCGAGUGAUGAUGAGGAUCUGAAGAAAGUGAUCUCAAAUACGAGGAAAUAUAUGGAAAAUUAUAACGCAACCCGAGAGAUUGGAUCUCACAAGCCUUAUGGAAGGAACAGGACUAGACCUGACCUCAAAAAGAAUGCCAAGCCACCUCCACAUUACACUUGUCACCGUUGUAAGCAGAAGGGGCAUUAUAUUGAGGAUUGUCCUACUAAUGGAAAUCCUGAUUUCGAUCUCAAGAAAGCAUCGAAAGGAAUGCCGAAAAACCUUAAAAAGGAGAAUUUAGCAGAAGAUGUGCAGGAUAAGUUCAUUAAGACUCUUCUAAAUGAGGAAAUUUCAUAUAAAAAUAAUUUUAAAGCAAGUAUAAUGCCUGAAUUUCAGUGUCUUAUCUGCCAAGAUGUCUUCACAAAUCCUGGUCUUAUGCCUUGCUGUGGUAUCAACUAUUGUUGGCAAUGUAUUAUUUCUAAAUUAGACUAUCAAACCAAUGAAUUUGAAUGUCCUAAGUGCAAGGAAUGUGUGUUUGUUGAUAACUCCACUGAGACUCCAGCUGGGAAUGUCAUCGUCAACACUCUUCUGGACAGGUUGUCCAAAAUGUACAAGCGAGAGCUUGCCAAUCAGAGAUACAUAAAAGAAGUGGAACUCAAGUCCAAACUCUCACAUGAGAUCCCUGACUUCUCCCAAGAAGUAGAUGGAAUAGACGCUGAUCAAGAUUUUGAUGAAGAAAGGCUGAAGGAAGGAUACAAGACUGAUGACCAAGAUUAUAAAGCAAUUGAAGAAAUCCUUGGCCUGGACGGGAUUGAACAGGAAGAUAAUGAAGACGGCCACGGCGCUAAGGCUGAUGGUAGAGAUCCGAAGGGAUCACUGGCUGAGCAGAGGAAAAAUUUUGCAAAGCCUAACCCUGCGGUGGCCAUGCAGAAAAUGCACCAGACGCAGCUGUCCCAAGGAGGAUAUCCAAUGGCUAAUCCACAGAUGAUGGGAAAUCCAUUUGGCAAGCAAGACAAUAUGUAUGGAAAUCACAGGGCAAAAGACAUCUCAAAUGUAGUGAAUCUCAUGCUGAGUGGAGGUAUGAAAGGAAUAACUGGUCUGACCAACCCAGCUAUGAUGGCAAGUAAUAUGGGAAGAGGAAAAGACCCUAAGAGAAGAGGCAAGAAAAGAGACAGAAAAGCAGACAGUAUGAGACAAAGGGACUCUAGAGCAUAG